AUGGUGGAUCCUGGUGACCCUGCUGUUGUGGACGAGCUGAGGAAAAAACAUCCCCCGCGUUCCAAUGCUGUCUCCUCCAUUCCAGUCCCUUCUUCAGAGUCUCCGGUUGUUUGCCGCGUCUCUAGUGUCUCCAAAGCCAUUCAGUCUUUUCCUUCUGGUUCUGCUGCUGGGCCUGAUCGAGUGACUCCGCAGAUUCUUAAAGACCUAAUCAGUCAACGUGGAGAAGCCUCACAGCCCUUCUUGAGUAGUCUCACGUCUUUUAUCAACAUCGUUCUGGCAGGAAAAGUUCCGGUUCUCAUUCGCCCGUUUGUGUGUGGAACUAAUCUGUUCGCCGUGAGCAAGAAGACUGGAGGAGUUCGUCCCAUUGCUGCGCGAAACGUCUUCCGCAGAUUGGCCUCCAAAUGUGGUGGACGCGCGUACUCAACUGCUAGAAAAGAGUCAUACGGCGCCCGUCAACUAGGCUAUGGCACGCCUCGAGGAGCAGAGGCUGCAGUCCAUGCCACGCGAAUGUACUUACAUGACAAUAUUGAAAGUAGCGGCAAGGUCAUUCUCAAAAUAGAUUUCAAGAACGCGUUCAAUUCCAUCUCCCGGAACAAGUUUUUUUCUCUGAUUCACGAGCGUUAUCCGGGUCUUUAUCCUUAUACGCACGCAGCUUAUGACUCCGCAUCACAUCUUUUCAUCGGUGAUUCCGCUUUGUCUUCAGACGAAGGUGGUCAGCAAGGCGACCCUGAGGCACCGCCAAUUUUCUGUGAUACUGUGAACGAAAUCACCCACGAAGUCGAAUCAGAGUUGAACCUGUGGUAUCUAGACGAUAGUAACUUAGGCGGAGAUUACGCCAUCGUUCUGCGCGACUUCCGCAUGAUCAUCUCCGAAGUGCCAAAAACUCCGGGCAUCGACAACUUGAUAAUCCUGGGGGCUCCUGUAGGGAAUCUUGCCAUCUCCAAUGCUCUCAGUGACAAGAUAGCUGAUUUGGAGCGCAUGUUUUUGCGUCUGAAAAACAUCGAGGCUCAUCAUGCUUUCUUUCCUUUGAAGAGUUCGUUUUCUAUCCCGAAGUUGUUAUAUAUCCUUCGCUCCUCUCCGUGUUUCAACUACCCUGAACUCUUAGCUAAAUACGACGACAUCCUCUACUCCAGCCUCGAGAGCAUCUGCAACAUAAGACUUGAUACUGACGCCCGCAAGCAAACGUCCCUUCCCGCAGCUUUAGGUGGUCUCGGAUUAGGAUAUGCGUCUGUUCUUGCCGUAUGCGGGUAUCUCUCGUCUGUUGGCAGUUCUUCACGCCUUUGUUCCGAAAUCCUAAAUAAGCCUUUCUCAGACCAUUUGUAUGAAGGAGCCUUGUCACAAUGGUAUGAGCUCUCUGGCUCCACCACUAUCCCCGAGAACAAUUUUCAGAAGUCUUGGUCUGACCCCGUAUACAGAACCCGGCUUAAUAAUCUGAUCACCGACGCACCUGACGAUAAAUCUCGCAUUCGCCUUAAGUCUUUCGAGGGUAAGCUACAGUCUGCUUGGCUCACCGCCCUGCCGUCAAGUUCUUUGGGCCUCAAGCUUUCCAAUAUCCAUCUCAGAAUAUCUCUCGCUCUUCGUCUUGGUGUCCCCAUAUGUGAGCCUUACGUCUGCCGUUGUGGUGAGCACGUCGACCUUUUUGGAGGGCACGGUCUUUCGUGCAGGAGAAGCGCCGGCAGGCUUCAGCGCCACUCAAUGAUUAACGAUGUAGUGAAGCGAGCUUUAGGAUCGAGCAACAUUCCUUCAGUUCUCGAGCCUCCUGGUAUGUCCACAGCAGACCAGAAACGUCCAGAGAGUUGGUGCCUUGGGAGAGAAGUCAGUCAUUCAUAUGGGAUGCCACUGUUGUCGACGCCCUGGCACCAAGCCGUCUGUCCUCUGGCACUGCAUCUCAUUUCUCUGCUGCCUCUGAAGCCGAAAACCGUAAAACCUCUAAAUACGCUGACUUAA